AUGGAGUAUAAACCAGAACCUUACCCAGUUUCAGGUGAUCUUUUUGAGAUACCAGCUGCUGAACAAGAAGUAACUGUUGGCUCUAAUGAUCACAAUGGCGGAUUCGUUGGUGGCACGGGAGGAAUUUCUAUGUAUCACGCUAGUCAAAAUCCUGGAAAUAUAAUUGUCCAAAGUCCAGUUGGUCUUUCCUUGCAACAUCAUGGACAAACUCCUAAUAAAAUGCCUCGAAUAAUAAUGCUUCAAAGGGCAGGUCAGCCUACUGGCUUAGGGAUUUCAGGAGGACAAGUUCUUGGUUCUUCUGGGCUUAAGGCCGUUAAAAUUAUCACAGUUCCAGGUCAAGGCAUUGGUGGCAAACCUAUUCGUGCGGCUGUUAUCCCAAGGAAUAUGCUUCAGAGAAACAUCAAAGUUGUUACUGCAUCUGGUAUCCAACAAAAUUUAAGCAUGGCUCGUACAGUUUUCACAGGUGGGGCUGGUUCUGUCCCUAGAGUGCUUACCUUAAGACCCGCUGGACAACUUGUAAGUCAGGGUGGUAAUAUUUCGACGAUCACCCCCGUAAGGACGAGAAAUCUAUUCCUGGCUAACCCCAAUGCCGGCGGGUUUCUAGCCCAUCAACAGCGCCACGAUGAACUAGACACUGGUAUGACCGCUGACAGAAUUGGACUUCAUGCUCCCGGGUUACAUGGUCCUUCUGGGGCAGGGGGAUAUUUUGAAUUGGCUCCUGGCCCUCAAUUUGUCAGGCCAUGUAGUCCUAAUGCUGGUGGUUCCGGAGAUGAACAAGAUCAGUAA